AUGGAGCCUGGCUCGUCGAUCCAGAGAGACGAAUCCAGCGAUGUUUCUCCAAAGACUGUUGUCCCAGCCGGCGCAUCCAAAAACGAGUAUUUCCCAGAUCACAAUGCUGGGGGGUCGACGACAAGCGCAAUGACAACCGAUAGCGUCGACUUGUCCGACCGAAAAUCGUCAGCAGCUUCCUUCUCGCCCAGACUCUCAACUGUGAACCCAGAAAAUUCCAGCCCCGUCUCACCGCCAGAGGAAUGGCAAGGAAAUCUCAACGGCCUCAGCAGAAAGUCCUCUGGGACUUCCAUCACGAUCCGACUUCCUCGUAACCCUUCGCUACCGCAGGGGACAGAGAAGAGGAUGAGCAGGCCGAGAAUCCGAGCGGCUUCGCCCCAACCAGUGCGGUCGUUAUCUAUGAUCCUGCAGUCUGUCUGCUAUCUCGAGUGGGAAGCGCAGUUGCAAUUGCGACAUUAUCCAGUGAGAGCGGUGGUUGCCCUUCAAUUACUGGUCGGCUCAGGUUGGACCACGUCAAGGUCCAAUUACACAACCCAAUGCGCAACUAUGCUGAAACCAUCAACGCCCGCUCUAUUCCCAGGGAGCGACAUCGUCAAUUUCGGUUGCGCGAUGAAGGCGUGA